AAAUAGCCCGUCAGGUUACCAAAAAGUCAGGCCCCUCGCCUUACUCUUCGAUAUUUCUUUUUUCCUUCUCCACCCCUCUCUCUAUGUAACAAACUACACAAGCUCACAAAGCUGAAAGAGAGUGACAAAAAGGGUUUAUUGUUAAAUGUCUGCCAAUCUUGACAGCAUCGACUUAAACUCCGACGUACUUUCCGGUGAACCAGAAAACGAUAUUAAGGGGUUUAAUAAUGUCUCUGAAGUAAGGACUAAGGUGGGUUUAUCUUCUGAUGCGGAAGCCCUAAUAGACUCUGGUAAGAAUGGUGAGGGUCAGAAGCAGGAGGCUGUAAUAGAUCAAGUUCAGGACUUUAAAGGGGAUUAUGACUUGAAGGAGGUUGCUGGUGGUGGGAUAGGCAGGGAGGGAAAGAUGGAUUCUGCUGAUAAAAGUGUUGAUUUGGAAGGGGAAAAUGGGUCUGGAAGUGGUGUUGAUGAUGGCUCUGCACAAGAAGUAGAAGUAGCUGAAACAACUGUAGCACACUCAAGAAAAGUAGAGGGAGAAAGUUCAUUUAAAAUCGAGGAGGAAGUGAAGGAGGGGGGUUGUGGCGUAGCAAGUUCUAGUUCAGUCGGUGAGGAUGAUAACCAAGUGAAAAGUGCUGAUGUGAAAGUGAAAGUAGACAAUGCGAAUGACUUAUCGCCUCACAAAGAACCUGGAAAUGUUUCACCAAAGAUUAGUUCUGAAGCUGUUGAGAGUCAGGUCAUGGAAAUCGAUGAUGAACGAGGUAAGGACUCUGAGUCUGAAAAUGAGGAUGCCGCUGCUUUUGAUGAAGGGGUUUUGCAGGAAAAUGAGAACCUUGAGUCCAACGAGUCAAAUCUUGUUGUGGAUGUGGUCGCAGAUGGGAAUGCUACAGGUGAUGUUAAUACAAAAAUGGCUUCCAAAGAAGUAGGAUUGAGUGUUGGUGAUCUGGUAUGGGGUAAAGUGAGGAGCCAUCCCUGGUGGCCCGGGCAAGUUUUUGGUCGUAGUGAUGCGUCAAAGAAGGCUAAGAAGUAUUUUAAAAAGAAUUGUUAUUUAAUAGCAUACUUUGGGGAUCAAACUUUUGCUUGGAAUGAGGUGUCAAAGAUAAAGCCCUUUCGAUGCAACUUCUCACUAUUGGAGAAACAGAGCAAUUUGGAGGAUUUUCAUGAUGCUGUUCAUUGUGCUUUGGAUGAGGUUUCUAGACGGGUAGAGUUUGGGUUGGCUUGUCCAUGCAUGCCUGGGUAUAGCAAGAUAAAAACUCAGAUAAUUGUCAAUCCUGGAAUCCGGGAAGAAUCUUGUAGAAGAGAUGGUGGGGAUAGUUUCUCAAAUGCUGCUUGUUUUGAACCCCCAAAACUUAUUGAGUAUGUGAAAGAAUUAGGCCAAUUGCUGUUAGGUGGAAUUAACAUAUUGGAGUUUGUAACAGCACGAUCCCAAUUGUUGGUAUUCAAUCGUUGGAAGGGUUAUUCUCACCUGCCUGAAUUCCAAAUCCUUGGUGAACUGCUAGAGAGUGAUGCAGAGAUUUCACAAUCAGCAGAAGUUAAACAUGGCAAUGAAAUGGUUGAAAAUACUGCAACCAAGGUUAAAGAUGAGUCUGUAUCCUCUGGAAAGGAGAAGCCAAAAAGUGCAGAUCACUCUUCACGCAAGCGAAAGCACAUUUCUGGGGAUAAGGAACAUCCAAGCAAGAAAGAAAAAAGUUUGGCUGACCUUAUUGCUGAAAGGCGCUCAUCAGCUGCUAAAGCUAAAUGUAGUUUGGAUGGUGAAGCUACUGGCAAGACGACUACAUCAUCCUCUGGUAAGAAAAGGAAGGCUGUUAAAUCUAUUUCUGAUGAUUCAAUGAUGAAACAAAGCAAAAGUCCUUCCUCAUCAGGGGUUGAUAAUGGUUCCUCGCAGCCUAAGAAAACCUAUAGAGUUGGAGAAAGUAUCCUCAGGGUUGCAAGCCAACUGAAUGGAUCGACUCCUAUACUCAAAUCUGUUAAUGGAAAAUCUGUUAAUACAACUUCUCGUAAAAAUGCAAAGAAGACUAAGAGCCAGGAGAAGUCUACCUCUGGAAAGAGUAAAGCUUCGCCUGAUGAGUUGAUGUCACAGCUUUGCUUGGUUGCCAGAGAUCCUAUGAAGGGAUGCAACUUCCUGAAAUCUGUAGUUAGUUUCUUUGUGAAAUUCAGGAAUUCAGUUUGCAUUAAUCCACUCAAUUCACAGCAGCAUGUACAGUCCUCCCUGGAACAUAUUUCUGGUGGUGAUGUUGGAGAAUUAUCAACCAUAGUAGAAACUCGAACUACUGAUUUAGAGCAUAUGAAAGAUUCUCAUUGGACUGACAAGAUGACUCAAAGCAAUCCUAAAGGUCAAUCAUCUCAUGAGAAUAAGAAUGAAGCAAGAGAAAUUCCAGAGGAGACUCCAACCAAAGACGGCAUUCCGACCUUCAGAAAACAAUCAGCUGUUCAGUUGGAACCCAAUUUGGAGUGUGAACUACACAUUGCUGGUGGAAUUCUUGAUUUGGGAGCAGGCAAGCCCAUAGAUCACUUGGAAGGGAAGCGUAAUGAUGAUUCCUCCCCAUGUCCAACAGCUUUGAUUCUAAACUUCACAGACUUGGAUGCAGUUCCUUCAGAGACAAAUUUGAACAGGAUAUUCAGCCGUUUUGGACCUUUAAAGGAAACGGAGACUCAGGUGCUGAAGAAGAGCAAACGUGCUAAGGUGGUUUUCUGCAGAAGCGCUGAUGCAGAAACAGCCUUCAGCAGUGCUGGGAAAUACAGUGUCUUCGGACCUUCACUUGUCAGCUACCGCCUCAAGUAUAUUACUUCCACAAAUUGUAAAUCUUCUCCUAAUGCAACAAAGCGCAGCGAAAAAGAUGCAUCAUCUACGGAGGGAAUAGCAAUUGAUGCUUCAAGCUCCCACUCCCUUGAAGCAGAUCCAAAGUAAUUUUGGGUAUUCAUACCACGAACAUGAAUGUAGUUCUUAGUGCUUUCUUCAACCCCCCCCCCCCCCCCCCGGUCCUUCUUUUCCCUUUUUUACUAUCUCAUAUUGGAUCUGAUAGGCGACACCACUAGUCGGAGUAAAUACAGUUCGAAUGCUAAAAUUAGGCUGAACGGUGAUGGAGGCACUACUAAGGAAGUUACGAGGAAGUAUAGUGAUAUGAUUGGUCCAUCUUGCUUACUUUUCAGUUUCCUUGUAGAAAGAGAGAGAGUUUUCAUUCAGUUAGGUUGCAUCUCCAUUUUUAUCAUGCUUUCUAGUUUCUUGAAAGAGUGACGGGGGGGCAAUUAGUAGCCAUCGGUUCAUGCACUAUAGUCAUUAGCCAUGAACUUAUGUUUUUGAUGUUGAGAAAAAAAAAAAGGAGAGAGGCUAAUCUGUCAUAUUCUGAUCACAAAAAUACCGAUCAUGUAUUGAUAGGUUCAUCUUGGAGAGUAAAGUUUAAUAAAUGAGUUUUUUUCUUU